GGAGCUAAUCUAUAUGAUAUAGAAUCAUUUAAACAAUUUAAAGAAGAUUUAGUAGAUUUUUGGGAGUUAACUAAAAGAAUAGGUCAAGAAUUAGCACGAGCAGCAAUUUGUAUUUAUAGAAUUUGCAUUAACUUUGCAGCUGUAAAACGUUUAUGGUCUUCCAUGGGACUACAUAUUGCAACAUCUAUAUUAUUGGAUGAUAAAAGCAGCAAACAAGAAAAAUUAAUCAUCAAUGAUUCAGAUUAUCAAGUGAGUAAUAACGGUAAUAUUAAAAAAGAAACAACUGCCAGACCUUAUAAUCAGACAAAUCAAAAUCUUGAAAAAAAUGAGAAUUUAGUUGAAGAUAAGGAACAAAGGUGGGAAAGCCUAAUUAGUAAAUAG